AUGAAAGGACCAAAGGGAAUGAAGGGUCCAGACGGGGGUAAGGGAUCACUUGGAGCCCCAGGUUCUAGCGGCCCGGCUGGUGUAACAGGUGAUAAAGGCCUAACUGGCCUUCAAGGUUCUCAGGGAGACCCAGGACCUCGGGGCCCCCAGGGAACGGCAGGAGAAGCAGGGUCUGCAGGGCAUCUAGGAGCAAAAGGAGCACGUGGUGAUCCGGGGAUGAAAGGAGCCAUGGGAGCCCGCGGAAAACAAGCUACAGUUCACGUGGUCGGAAAUCCAGAAAGAAACGUCAGUGCAUUUCCGGGCGACCAUCUGACCCUCAACUGCACCACGUCACCGUACCCGCCCUCUCUGAUCACGUGGUUCCAUGAUGGACAGGCGUUGUCGUCAGGUCCAGACGUCACUGUUAAAGGUGCCAUUGUAGACCUCAACAUUACGGGCACUACGCACAGUGGGACAUACCUGUGUAAGGCUGGAAAAGAGAGCAUUGUGUAUCACGUGACUGUUAUAGGUAAAGUGAACGAGAUUUAUGUUGAUAAAAUAUCAGAGUAG